AUGAAUGGAGCUGUAGAUCCUGCCAAUAAGAAUAUCAAAAAGAUUCUGAGGGAAAUGAUUGGCAAUCACCGAGUUUGGCAUGAGAUGUUGCCAUAUGUUUUACUUGAUUAUCAAACGACUGUCAGAACAUCGACUGGUGCUACUCCGUACUUACUAGUAUAUGGAACAGAGGCAGUCAUACCUGCUGAAGUUGAGAAACUAUCAUUGAGAGUCAUCCAAGAAGCUGAAUUGAGUAAUGCUGAAUGGGUCAGCAAGCGGAUUGAUCAACUAACUUUUAUUGAUGAGAAGAGAAUGGUUGUCGUCUGUCAUGGUCAAUUGUAUAGGCAGAGAAUGGUUCGUGACUUUCACAAGAGAGGAAGAGCAAGAAUUUUUGAAGUAGGCCAGUUGGUUCUUAAGCGUAUUUUUCCUCAUCAGGACGAGUACAAAGAAAAAUUCGCACCAAACCGGCAAGGACCUUACAUGGUUCACAAAGUAUUAUUUGGAGGUGCUUUGGUCCUGUCGGCGAUGGACGGCACCGUAUGGCCUAAACCUAUCAACUCAGACGCUGUCAAGAGAUACUACGUGUGA